CGUAACGACAACAAAAAAUUGUUUUACGUUGUAUUAUUUAAUGUUUGCAACGCCCCUAGUAGCGAGUAUAAGCAUUAACAAUAACAACAGAUUCGAAAAUGGAAUCAGAGGAAGGCUUUAACGAAGGGAAAGUGAAGUAUGAACAAAACAAAUUGAAGAAAAGAAGUAGCAUUAUAGAUCAGCAGAUAGAAUGCAACAUUGAUGAUAAAUCGCCUAUCAUUCAAGUGUUCCAGAACUUUCAACAGGAAUUAGAUAAGAGAUAUGACAAGUAUGAAAGACUUGUUAAAUGCAGCAGAGAUAUUACUAUUGAAAGCAAGAGAAUUAUUUUUUUAUUGCAUAGAAUUACAGGGGAUAAGGAACAGAUUCUUCAGGAGAGUGAAAAACGGCUCAAACAGUUACGGAGGAGUACAUUAAGAACUGUUGCUAAAGAGUUAGAAAAUGAAGAUUUAUAUUUUUACUUAAGGGCAUAUUCACCUGGGUUGCAAGAAUACGUUGAAGCUGUUACUUUUUAUAAUUAUAUCAAGAAUGAAAGAUUACUUGGACUGGAAGAAAUUCAGUCUGAUUUAACUUAUGAUGAAGAGACAGAGACAAUUGAUGGAAAUCAUGAAAUAAAAAGAUUGAAAUUGGUAUUAGUUUUGCCACCAUUAGAAUAUAUAUUAGGAGUUGCAGACUUAACUGGAGAACUGAUGAGAAAAUGUAUAAAUUCAGUAGGACAAGGAAAUCUUGAGGAACCUUUUAAAUUAUGUGCCUUUUUGCAAAAUAUUCACAAUGCCUUUGGAAUAUUAGGAAAUAUUCCGGGACGAGAAAUAAGUCGAAAGAUUUUUGUUUUGAGACAAAGUAUGAAAAAAGUUGAAAAUGCUUGUUACACAAUCCAGGUUCGUGGAAGUGAGAUUCCAAAGUUUAUGCUUAAAGAUGUUUUCAACUCUGAAACUGCUACAGAGCAAACAUUUGAUUAAGAAGAUUAUCAUUUGUGAAAUAUGAAUUCCAUUACUUUAUGUUUUAUUUAUUUUCAAUUGUUUUACACCAGCUGUUAGCUGUUCUUGAUAUCUGAAUAUAUUAAUAAUAAUGUAUUGUAGUAUGAGUAAAGUUUAAAUGAAAACUA